AUGUCUACGAACUCAGAAAAGCCCGUCAUAGCCAUCAUUCAGGGCGCAUGGCAUCGCGCGAGCCACUACGAAGGCCUUGCGCAGUCGCUUACCAACAAGGGCUUCACAGUCCUUCAACCGGACAAUGUCACAGCUAGCAAUGAUGAUGGUAUCAAAGGCAAAACUCACCUAGAUGACGUUGAAGCCAUUCGACAGUCUCUUCAACCCGCUCUCGAUGAGGGCAAGAGGAUCGUGUUGGUCUGCCAUAGCUACGGAGGCAUACCUGGCUCCGCUGCUGUUGACGGCCUACAGGUUCAUGAACGAGAGGCCAAGGGUUUGCCUGGCGGUAUUUCGCAUGUAGUCUAUAUCGCCGCGUUUGCUCUCCCCGUAAAGGGGCUAUCUCUUUUGUCGGCCGCUGGAGGCCAGCAUGGGCCUUUUCUCGACAGAACAGAUGAUAUCUGCUACCUAAACGACAAAGCACAAAACGCCUUCUACAACGAUUGCACUCCCGAAGUAGCUAAGAAGGCAAUCAGCGAAUGUGUCAACCAUAGCACUGCAUCUCUCGAAACACCCGCCGACUUUGUGGCUACUGAUAUCACUGUGCCUAAGACGUAUGUUGUCUGCGAGAUUGAUAAUACGGUUCCUGUGCAGGGACAGUUGGCUAUGGUUGGUGCGAUGGGGGAUGGGGUCGAUGUCGAGAAGAUAGAGGCUGGUCAUUGUCCAUUCUUAAAUGAGAAGACUCUCCCUAAGAUUGUGGAGAUUAUUGAGAAGACUGGGCAGUAA